ACAGCAUAAUGUUCAGACAAACGGCGUGUACCGGUAUUUGCCAUCACUAAUAGCAACGCAGGUUAACGUUGGGACGUCAAAUUGUGGAAAUGUGAACGUAAACGUUAACUUCCAACGUCUCGCUAAGGUUUUAAAAUCAUGACGGAUGCAAAUGACCUGUGUGAAACAGUCAUGCGGGAGCCGAGUAAUGUGGUCAGCUGUGAUACUGAUGAAAUUAAAGAAGCGCAGGAGAGCUUUUCAUUUCACGAAGACAUGGUCUCAGAUGAUAUUCCAGCAUCUCUACUCAGCUACUUUGAAACCUCAAAAAGCAGAGCAGCGGUUUGUGAGAGAUUCAUCCUUGAGGAACUUGAAGGUUUCACUGCACCACAUUACACUGAGGACAUGAUGAGCUUGUCUACUGAACUUGAGAAGGACAUGAUGAAACCGAAUAACCUGGUUUCUUGUGAAACAGAAAAUGAGGAAAACAACUCUUCCGCUGACGGUCACCUCUUCCCUGUGCUCACAGGGACAGAAGCACUUUUCACUCACAGUGUGUCUGUGUGUCCCAACAAUGAAGAUGAGUAUAUGGGGUGUGAGAAGAGUCUGGAAUUCCAAGAGGGGACCCUUAAGAGCUCAAUAAAAGAGGAUGAGAUAAAGAAAAGCAGUGAAUACCAGAGAGAACACAUAGAGAAACGACAUUGUGAGGAGAAACAGGAGCAAAGGAGACAAAGAGAAAGAGAUUUCCAGGAGGAGCUGAGGAAGAUAAUGGAGGCAGAGAAGCUGCGUCAGAAGGAACUUGAGUUGAUGGAGAAAAGAGCUCAGGAGAAACUUGAACAUGAGCUGCUGCUUCAGCAGGAGGUGAUCAGCAGCUUACAGAAACGAGUGGAGGAAGAGAGGAAGAUGGUGAAGGAGGAGCAGGAAAGAAUAAAGGAAGAGAGGAAGAGGAAAAGGAAGGAGGAGGAAGAGAAGAGGAAGAAAGAGGAGGACAAGAGGAAAAGGGAAGUGGAAAAAAUGAGAGCGAUGGAAAGGAAAAGGAUGGAGGACGAGAUGAGAAUGAAGAAAGAGGAAGAGGAAAAGAUAAAAUUAGCAGAAAUGAGACUCAGAGAGGAGCAGAGGAAAAAGGAGGAAGAGGAAAAGAGGAGAAUGGAGAGGGAGGAAAAGAGGAAAAAAGAAGAGGAAAAAAUCAAGGUAGAGGAAGACAUGAGGAAGAAGGAAGAAGAGAGAAAAAUAAAAGAAAUACUACUUAAGGAAGUAGAGAAGAAGAGACAGAUGGAAGCGGAGGGGGAAAGAAGGAAGGAAAAUGAGGAUAAAAUAAAGGAGAAGGAGAGGAAUGGGGAAAGAGAGGAGGAGGAAACAAGGAAAAAGGAAGAAGAGGAAAAAAUGAUAGAGGUGGCAAGCAAGAUGGAGGACAACAAAAGGAGAAAAAAUGAAGAAGAAAUAGGACUUGAGGAGGGGAGAAACAGUGAUGGCAAAAAUAAUAGAAGAGGGGAAGAGGUGAAGAUGAAGCAGGAGGAAAUGAGGAAAGAGGAGGAAACAGGAAAGUCUGAGAUAGAGAAGAUGAUUGUGGUGGAACAGAUGAAGAGAAAUGAAAAUAGAAUGGAAAAUAGAGAAACAGAAGACAUACAACUCAAGGAAGACAAAGAAAAAAGAAAGACAAGUGUAGAGGGGAGACUCAGUAUGGAAUGUAAAGAUAUGAGGACGGAAGAAGAGAAAAAAACAAAAGAGGAAGAGCGGAGGAAAUGGCAGGAGGAAGAAAUGAGGCAACAGGAAGAACAAGAAAGCAGUAAUAUGGAAGAAGAAAUAAGACUCAAAAAAGAGAAGGAAUGGAAUAAAGAUAAAGAAAAGAUUAAUUCACCUCAGGAGGAGGUGAAGAGCCAGCAAGAGAAGGAUGAUAUGAGAAAAAUGGAAGAUGGGAGAAGAAAUGUAGAGUCAGACAAGAUGCAGAUUAAGGAAGGCAUGAGAAAUAAUGAAGAAGAAAACAUAAAGACAGAAGAAAAAAGACUCAAAGAAGAGGAGGAAAGAAACAAGAUUUUAGUGCAGGGUACUGACAAGGAGGAGAGGCUGAUGAGAGCAAAAGAGCCGCAAGAGAGGAAAAGAGAAAAUGACACCGUGAAAACUCCAAACGAGAGCAGGAAUAAUGAGAACACCAGAAACUCCUCGAGCUCACAACUAGAAGACAGCACCACUCUGACCUCCUCAAGCCCUGGUCCUUUAGAUAGUGAGUCCACAGCCAGUCCCACCAGCUCUGAAACUGUAGAACAGUAUGACCUAAACAAGGACAUCAGCCUGACCUCCAGAUAUCAAACUAAGGACCCACAAGAUGCAACAGUAAGGCCUCGCACUUCUCCCGGCUCUUUUCCCAUGUGUCUCCCAGAGCACACAGAGCAGAAGAGACUGUCUUGGAUGAAAGACUGCAUCCCAUGGUCCAAACUGUCUCUCCAGAACAAGAGGAAACAAAAAGGACGUGUCCGUAGUCGAAGUGGAGUGAGGAGGGCUGCUGAGGCCGGCAGUCUGCCACCUCUCUGCCCACACACUCUGCUUCAGUCCGUAGGCUGCAAAUCCCUGCAAGAGGUAACCACGGUAACCCUGGAGGACUUACCUGGCUGUAGCUUAUCCACUCUCGCUCAGUGUACUCACCUUCAGUCCCUCACCUUAAGACGCUGUGGCCUUAAAUCUCUGGAAGGCAUCAGUCAGUUAACACAGCUCUGCUACAUCGAUGUACAGGAAAAUGACAUCUCAUUCGUGGACUGUGAAAACAUGACCAGUUUACGAGUUCUUCGACUUGGCCACAACAAGUUAACGUCCAUCCACGGUUUAAGUGGAGCUGAAAAUUUGGACGUUCUUGACCUGUCACACAACUCCAUCACCCGCAUCGCUGGUCUGGAGUCUAUGAGAAGACUGCAGAAAUUGUCAGUGGAUCACAACCAGCUGAUCAGCACCAAAGGACUGAGGGAUGUUUACACCCUCCUUCACCUGGACUGCUCACACAACCACCUGCCAAGAGUGGAGGGUCUGGAGAACAGUGCUCUGCUCCAGACAUUGGACCUAAGAGCAAACAGCCUCACUGAGCCCCCUGGUCUUAACAACCACAUCCUCCUCAGAGAGCUGCAUCUAGACGACAACAGCAUCUCCUCGCUGCAGGGCCUCGUUGUCUGCUGGCUUCCCCUCAUGCACCACUUCUCAGUGGCUCAAAACAGAAUUACCCUCCUGCCCUCCAUGUCUGAUUUUGUGUCCCUUGCAAAUCUGGAUCUUCGAUUCAACUGCAUGUCAGAACUGCAGAAUGUGUGUGAGAGUCUGGAGGGAUGUCAGUUCCUGCGAGAGGUCCACCUCACCGGGAAUCCUCUUCAGCAGGAAAGUGGCUGGAGAUCCACUCUGCAGAAAGCAGUGGCUGGCCUGAGAGCCAUUGAUGGCCAGGAGACACACUCCAUUCUGUCAGCCCCUGCUGUUCAACAGGUCAGCUUGGCCUCGGGCAGCUUCCUAAUGUUUUGUCAGGCUCAGCUUAAGCAGACUCGUGAUUUACAACAGCAGCACAGCAGGGAGCUCAGUAAUGCCUCAUCUCACCUGGAUGCUGUGAAAACCACCCUCCGACACUUCACUGAGACUCUGGAGCUGGCUGUGGACCACAGAUUUGCCCAUGAAUAUGGUGACACCACUGCGUCCUCAGGCCAAACAACACCAGAGAAUAUGCUGGACCUGGACAGUGCCAAUGCUGAAAAACUUGCUGAGUCCACGGUUUCAUCAGUCAUUCCAAGCAGGAACGAUAUGAACCGUAGCUACUGGACUUUAGAGGAGAAGUCAUCUUUGGAGAGCUGGUGUGAAACAGUAGACACUGUUACAACAGUUCCAAAGACAGGGCUUCACUCCUCGUCAACAAAGGAAAAAUCUACUCCCUGCCAUCUUGAAAUGGCAGCUGUGUCCAACCAUCAAGACCUGGACCCCAAAAACACAGCAGCAGUGGUGAUUCAGCAGUGGUGGAGGAAAUACAGACAGAAAUGUGGGAAUAUCAGCGGCCCCCCCACAGCUGAGAAGGGAGGGGGAAGAGGGAGAGAUGGAGGAAAGCCAGAGUCAGGACCUUCCUAUAUUAACGGGAGCGUUGUUGGCCAAGAUCGUGCAGCAACUAUUAUCCAGGCAUUCUGGAGGGGCUUCACUCUGAGGAGGAGGCUCGCAUCUGCUCUCGCUGUUGUCGCAUGCCCUGACAGCGGAGAGGACGAAACCUUUGAGGAGGUAGACGUGGAUGAAUUUGUCUUUGAUGAGGCAGCACUAGAGAAACACUGGACAUUGCCGACUGCUGACGACUCACCUUCCAGACAUCACCUUGUGUCAGAGCAGCCACGAUCUCUGAAGCCUCCUGGGCCCGUUCCUGAAACCUCCCAGUACACACUCCCACCACCACCUUUAUGGAGGCCAAAGCAGGCCUGGGUGGCUGGAGAACAGGUGGACUCCCCUGGGCACAGAAUUUCUCCAGAGAGCUCCAACAGAAGCAAAUCUCCUGCUUCAGCCUCAGAGCUCAGUGGCCUCUCUGCAAGAUCAGAAAAGAUUCUGGAAGAAUGGGGCUUUACCAACAGCCACACAGCUGUUCUGAUGCUCAAGAGAGCUCAGAAGAUGAAGAAGCAACCGCACAAGAAACACAGGGAUCCUUCUGUCCGCCUGGCCUUGUUCGGAAAGCCCAAUUAUCAGCAUGUUCCAGUGAAGGCACGAAACAGGCCCGCACCAAACAACAGAAAUUAUAUGCAAGUGUGCGAGGCUGAGCUGGGCCUUCAGCGGGCGGAGAGGACGGAGCAAAUGAAGCAGGAACAAGCUCGGCAGUGGCUGGAUACCCAGUCUGACAGAGACUCAGAGAGCGAGCAUUUCUUACCAGAGAUCAGCUCAGACAUUCUGAAUGGAGGCAGAGUGCAGCUAGUGGCUGACCCAGGGUACACAGAACGUCUACAUCACGCCAGUGGAUUGUGGGCCAACAGCAGUUUAGCUGCCCAGCCCAGCAAAGAAAGAAAUGAUCCUCGCAGAAACUCUUUGGGUCAUGCAAGAAAAGAGGUUCCAUCUCCUAAGCAAGUCACGUCUGCUCCGUUAAAAAAGGAGCGCAUCUCCUUCCGAGACAACCCCGUCCAGUUGAGUGGCGGCUGGGGAGGGGGCAAGAGGAGGGACAAAGUACUCAAGUAAAACACAAACUCCUCCAUAACCAUAACACCGUUUUUCCUGCACUGACCCAACACUGCUUAAG